UAGGCGCUAUUUGCAGCGUCAUCGUGACGUUUGACGUAUGAAAGUGCGUGCUGACGCUGCGUGGGGCCGUUUUCCCUCCUCGUUGACAAAGCUGUGCGGUGGAUGUUGAGCUAAAGCGCUUCCAUCGCUGAACUUUCUGACUCUGUAGUUUGGUCAGUGUGGACGGAAGGCAAACAGAGAGGCGGGUGUCACAUUGGUGUUAAAGAGACUUAUGCUGUCCUGCUAGCAGGGCAAGAUGUUCAACAAAUCAUUUGGGACUCCCUUCGGUGGUGGGGCGGGAGGAUUUGGCACCUCGUCCACCUUCGGUCAGCAAAACACGGGCUUUGGGACGGCGGGAGGCUUCGGCACGUCUGCGUUCGGGGCGACGACAAACACUGGAGGACUGUUUGGAUCCACGCAGAAUAAACCAGGUGGGCUCUUUGGGUCCAGCACGUUCAGCCAGCCGGCAACUUCCUCCACCAGCACCGGCUUCGGUUUCGGCGCAGCGAGCGGCACCUCCACCAGCCUGUUUGGCAACACUGGCACAGGCACCACCGGCGGACUCUUCUCCCAGCAGAACAAUGCUUUCGGUGCCAAGCAAGCCACCUCGUUUGGAAGCUUCGGGACGAGCACCAGCAGCAGCGGCGGCCUCUUCGGCUCCACCAACACCACCUCCAACCCGUUCGGCGGGGCUACGUCCCUGUUUGGAGGUUCGGGGUUCUCCGCCACUCAGCAGCCGGGAACGACCGUGAAGUUCAACCCUCCGACAGGAAGUGACACAAUGGUGAAGGCGGGCGUGACAACGAGCAUCAAUACGAAGCACCAGUGCAUCACUGCCAUGAAGGAGUACGAGAACAAGUCUCUGGAGGAGUUGAGGCUGGAGGACUACCAGGCGGGCAGGAAAGGCCCAACCAACCCGAUGGCCCCGGGAACCGGCAGUCUUUUCGGCCAGGCCACGGCCACGCCCAGCGCCACCACCGGCCUCUUCGGAUCCUCGGCUCCCAACAGCAGCUUCUCCUUCGGCCAGAACAAGAGCACCUUCGGAGGGCCAACUACCGGCAGUUUUGGCGCGACCACAGGCGGCCUGUUCAGUCAGCAGACCCAGCAGCAGGCCGGCAGCCUCUUCAAGCCCUUUGGUGCGACCACCACCGCCCAGAGCACCGGCUUCUCCUUUGGAAACACCAACACGAUAGGACAGGCCAACACCAGCAGCAUGGGUUUGUUUGGGAACACGGCGGCGUCUCAGUCGGGCGGCUUGUUCGGCUCAGCUCAGACCAGCACCGCCACUGGUUUCGGGACAGCCACGGGCCUGUUCGGCCAAACCAACACUGGAUUUGGGAAUGUCGGCACUCAGAGUUUAUUCGGUAACAAGACAGCCGGGUUCGGCACCACCACCACCAGUGCCCCGUCCUUUGGCACCACCACCGGCCUUUUUGGGAACAAGCCCACCCUCACACUGGGAACCGGAACCAACACCUCCACCUUCGGUUUCGGUGCAAACCCUGCUGGAGGAGGACUGUUUGGGAACAAGUCCACCACUGGAGCGCUGGGGACCGGACUGGGAACCAGCUUCGGAACAGCAGUCGGCCCCGGGCAGACACUGUUUGGCAACACCCAGAACAAACUGGGCACCGCGCUGGGAACGAUGGGAACGUUCGGAACAACUGGGUUCAACAGUGGAACGAGCACCCUGGGAUUCGGAGCAACGCAGCCCGUCGCCCUCACAGAUCCCAAUGCAGCGGCUGCCCAGCAGGCCAUGCUCCAGCAGCAGCUCAGCGUGCUGGCGUACUCGCCAUACGGAGACUCGCCGCUCUUCAGAAACCCGCUCUCAGACCCCAAGAAGAAGGAGGAGGUAAGGGUGGCGUAGCCGAUGAGCUCCAGCUGCUCAUGUACGAAGUUAUUUUUAAAUUCUAUCGAGAUCCAAAGAUGAGGAUUUACUUUCAGUUUUAACUUCACGGCAAAGAAGCCGUCAAACUCGAGCUUCUGCCCUGCAGUAGGCUACGUCCACACUAACCCAG